AUGGCUCCCCAAACCAGGCGAUUCGCCAACCAUCCCGGCGCAAAAGAGGCACCCGCCUCGGCGUUGGAGUACCGCAUCGAAGAAGACCGUAAUCCUCCCAUGCGUGGCUAUCCUCUUGUUCUCGCCUCGGCCAUAAUCGAACGCUUGCCCUUCCUCCAGAAACUACUCUGGAGCAACGCUAAGUUCGGACAAGCCAAAUACACCCCCGGCCUCGACGGCGUCCCAUGGCGAAUCCAGCCGGACGUAAUCCCCCUCGCCGACGGCACCUCCCCAGACGCCAUGCUGCCUCUCGAGCCCGAGCUGUGCCGGACGCAACCCGCCGGGCUGGCGGGCCGCUUCCUGUCGGUGGCGGACUACCACGAGCUGUACCAGAGCGGGGCGGCGUCGCCGCUCGACGUGGUGUCGGAGCUGGUGCGGCUGACAGACGCGGCCCGCCGGCCGCUGUCGCCCUACGCCGCCGCGUGGACGCAGGUGCGCCCCGACGAGGUCCUGAAGGCGGCCGAGGCGUCGGCGGCGCGCUGGGCGGCGGGCAAGCCGCUUAGUUUUGUGGAUGGUGUGCCGUUUGGGGUCAAGGAUGACUUGGCGGUGGAGGGGUUUGUCUCGCGCAUGGGGAUGCGGAUAACCAAGGGGGAAGAGUAUUUUCGGCGGGAGUGUAAGGAUACCGUUUGGCCGGCGAAAGCGUUGCAGGAGGCGGGCGCGAUUAUGGUGGGCAAGAUGAACCAGCAUGAGAUUGGCAUGGAUACGACCGGCUGCAAUCCGUCAACGGGGACCCCCAUCAACUGGUACAACAAGUCGUACUAUCCAGGCGGCUCAUCAUCCGGCGCAGGGUCUGCUCUCUGUGCCGGCAUGGUACCGAUUACGAUCGGGACCGACGCAGGUGGCAGCAUCCGAAUCCCGUCCUCUUUUUGCGGUGUCUACGGCCUCAAACCUACACAUAACCGAACCUGCCACAUGAGCUCGUCCAUGUGUACGGUCGGCCCCAUGGCCUCAACCGCGACAGACCUGACCAUCGCAUACCGGUUCGCGUCACAGCCCAACCCCAACGACCCCGUACAGAACCUGCUCGCCGUAUCCACACCUCCGGACUCCUCCGCCAAAAAGUACGUCGGCGUAUGCCGCCAGUGGGUAACCACGGCGGACGCGGACGUGCUGGAGAUCUUCGAGAAGUCGCUCGCGCACCUCACCACGCUCGGAUACGAGGUUGUCGACGUGGAUCUACCGUUCCUGCGGGAGGGCCAGCUAGCACACUCGGCGACCUGCGUGACGGAGGCGGCGGCAGACGCGCGGGCGCGCGCCAACAACCCGGACCGCUUCCUCGACCUGCUCAGCCCCGCCACCCGUGUCACCCUCUGCACCGGCACCCAGACCCCAGCCAUCGACUACCUCCGCUACGGCCAGAUCCGUGUCGUCAUCAUGCGCCACCUAGCCUUCCUCUUCAACAAAUACCCGGGCCUGCUACUCCUCACCCCGGUCACCCCCGCCGCGGGCUGGCCCAUCAUCCCCGGCGACCAGACCUACGGCUGUAUCGACGCCAACAAGCUCAUCCGCAACAUGACCUUUGUCUGGCUCGCCAACAUGAGCGGCUGCCCCGCCGUAAGCGUGCCCGCGGGCUACGCCGAACCCCCUAAGGAAGGCGACGGCGGCCCGCUGCCCGUCGGUUUGAUGGCCCUUGCCGAGUGGGGCAUGGAGGAGCAGCUGCUGGCCUUUGCGAGGGAGCGCGAGACCUACCUAAAUCAUGACUAUCCCGGUGGCCGGCGCCCGUCCGAAGAGUGGUUGGAUAUAAUUAAGAUGGCGCGGAAGUGGCCGGGGGGGAGGGAGCGGGUUGACAAGCAGAUGUUGGAGGCGCGGGAGAAGAAGCGAGGCGGAGAAAAUGAAGGAGGCAGAGGAGAGGAGGGAGGCGGAAGAGAAGAGGGAGGGGGAGGAGACGAGGGUGGAGGAGGGGACGGGGGAGAAGAGGGUGGGGGAAGGGGAGGGGGAGGAGGAGAGGAGGGAGGUGGAGGGGAAAAGGGUGGGGGAAGAAAGGGGCGGAGGCAGGGGAGAGCCAGGCGGCGAUGGCUGAUUAAUGGGUGGUAG